AUGCCUUCUUUGACCCCAGCCAUGGUUAACGGGCUCAAUCUCAAUGGCAACCAUGCCAAUGGCAAUGGCGUCCACAGUCAUACGUCGGAUUCUGGUUCGGAAACAUCUGGCGAAUCGAGCAAUGGCAGCGGUCCACGUCGCAUGAAACUCAACCGCAAAAUGUCUAGCCCUAUGGCACCUCCUUUCAUGGUAUCAGCACCAGGAAAGGUUAUUGUUUUUGGCGAACACUCUGUUGUUCACGGAAAGGCAGCCAUCGCCGCAGCCAUUUCUCUGCGGUCCUACCUACACGUUACCACCCUUUCCAAGUCGAAACGAACCGUCUCCCUCCGAUUCGCCGAUAUCGAUCUCGUUCACACAUGGAACAUUGACGACCUACCAUGGGGAACCUUCCAACAACCAUCCAAAAAGAAGUCGUACUAUUCUCUCGUGACAGAGCUCGACCCCGAUCUUGUUGCUGCUAUUCAACCACAUAUCGAAGUUGUCUCUCCUAACCACCCCGAGGAGAUUCGAAGAGUACACCACAGCUCUGUGUCAGCUUUCCUAUAUCUUUUCCUAUCGCUAGGAUCGCCCUCAUUCCCUCCUUGUCUUUACACUCUCCGCUCGACAAUACCAAUAGGUGCCGGAUUGGGCAGCAGUGCUUCAGUUUCAGUAUGCCUUGCUUCCGCCCUUCUUCUACAGCUACGGACGUUGUCUGGUCCCCACCCUGAUCAACCUGCGGACGAGGCCCGACUCCAAGUCGAAAGAAUCAAUAGAUGGGCGUUUGUAUCAGAAAUGUGUAUUCAUGGCAACCCCUCGGGUGUUGAUAAUACCGUUGCUACACAAGGUAAGGCCGUGGUGUUCCAGCGAACAGAUUAUUCGAAGCCACCAAAGGUUCGACCUCUUUGGGACUUCCCUGAACUGCCCCUCCUGCUGGUAGACACACGACAGGCCAAGUCGACCGCACACGAGGUUGCCAAGGUUGCAACGCUCAAGAAGACCCACCCCAAGCUUGUGAACACGAUUCUGGAUGCCAUGGACAAGGUCACAGAUGCUGCCUCUGAGCUGAUCGAGGAGACGUCUUUCGACAACAAAUCUGUGGAGGAUCUCAGCAAGGUUGGUGAGUUGAUGACCAUCAACCAUGGCCUGCUAAAUUCACUGGGUGUCUCUCACCCCCGUCUGGAGCGAGUACGAGAGCUAGUCGACCAUGCUGGUAUUGGAUGGACAAAAUUGACUGGUGCUGGUGGCGGUGGUUGCUCAAUCACUCUUCUUCGACCUGACGUUCCUGCUGAGAAGCUUCAGAAACUUGAAGGACAACUUGAAGCCGAGAACUACGCCAAAUUUGAGACUACACUCGGUGGUGACGGUAUUGGUGUUCUUUGGCCAGCUGUUCUCAAGAACGGUACAGAGGAAGAUGACGAGGGUGGUAUGGAGAUUGACUUAGAGAAGUUCCUCGAGGCUGAAGGCACUGAAGGUGUCGAGAAGCUCGUAGGAGUUCAUGGUGAUACUGGAGAACGAGAAGGAUGGAAGUUCUGGAGGGUUGAAAGCGAGUAA